GACAAGAAAAAAAAAUAAAGCAGUCCCAAAAAGAAAUUGCCCCUCAUUCAGGGACUCUGGAAGGUGGGGUAAAACUUUCCAGGAAAUUCACCUGGCCACUCACCUGGCCGACUUAUCGAGGGGCUUAUCGACGAGGACCCCGAAAUUGUUUUCAGAACAGAAAAUUUCUGCCAUUUGGGGAGAUUGGGCAGCAUAAGGUACGCUGACAAGUUCUACUUGUAGGUAGUUCUCGGGCUAGUCCAGUCGCUAUCCGUCUCACAUCUCAUUUCCCUUCUACUUCUUGCGGUCGCCUCGUCGAUUUCUUGAACAAAACUCUUCUUGAUUUCCCCCCACGAGGUCGAGGAUCGUUCAAGAAUCUGAUCCUUCUUUUUUUUCUUUCUAUUGUUGUAACUUGCAUUGUUGGACCAAGUCACAGCAAUGGAUCAGUCAAAGUUGGUUGAGUUGCUUCAGGCUUCCACCAUUCCCGAUACACAGAAGGUCAAGGCUGCUACCUCUGAGCUCAAGAAGAACUACUACCCUCGCCCUGAGGCUCUUCUCGGACUCCUCCACGUCGUCGUCUCUCACGAUGAUGCCACCGUCCGACAGCUUGCCGCUGUCCAGUCCCUCCGUCUAGUGCCCAGGCACUGGAAGAAGAUUGCCGCCGACCAGAAGUCGGGCGUCCGCAACGAGGUCGUUCAGGCCGCCGUUCGCGAGCAGCACGCCAAAGUCCGCCAUGGUAUCUCCCGUGUCAUUGCUGGAAUCGCUUCCAUCGACUUCGAGAACGGCGAGUGGCCCGAUCUUCUGCCCGCCAUUUUCCAGCUCACCACAUCUGACAAUGUCGCUCACCGCGAGAUUGGCUCCUACAUCAUCUUCAGUCUGCUCGAGGCCGACCCCACCACAUUCCAAGAACAUCUGAAGCAAAUGUUCGAGCUAUUCAGCAAGACUAUCCGCGAUCCCCAGAGCAGCGAUGUCCGCAUCAACACCAUGCUCUCCAUCAGCUCUCUGCUUUUGCUCAUCCAGGCCGAUGAGGACGAGGAGUCUGUUGCCACCGUCCAGGAGUUCGUCCCUGCCAUGGUCGAUGUCCUCAAGCACACUAUCGAGAGCGGUGAUGACGAGCACACCCAGCAGGCCUUUGAGGUCUUCCAGACUUUCCUCGGCUACGAGUCUGCCCUUAUCUCCAAGUACUUCAAGGACCUCGUCCAGUUCAUGCUCCAGCUUUCCGCCAACACCGACGCCGAUGAUGACGUUCGAAACCAGGCAUUGGCUUUCCUCACUCAAUGUGCUCACUACCGUCGCAUGAAGCUCCAGGCCAUCCCCAACCUUGCCACUGAGAUUACCCGAAAGAGCAUGGAAAUCUUGGCUGAGUUGGAAGAGGAUGAUGAUGAGGAUGACAUGACCCCUCCCAGAUCUGCAUUGGCCCUCAUUGACCAGCUGUCGACUGAUCUGCCCCCGAGACAAGUCAUCGUCCCUAUCCUUGACGACCUGAAGAAGUAUGCCGCCGCUGAGAGUGUUGGUGCUCGAAGAGCCGCCAUGAUUGCCCUGGGCACCUGCGCCGAGGGAGCGCCCGACUUUGUGGCUACUCAGGUUGAAGGUCUCAUGCCCAUCAUCCUCCAGCUUCUCAACGACUCUAACAGAGCUGUGCGUCACGAUGCCCUUGUCUGUCUCAUGCGCAUGGGUGAGGAUCUUGCCGAGUUCUUCAAGUCUCACCACGAGACUAUCAUGACUGCUCUGGUGAAGAACUUGGAGGCUGCCUCCGAGAACGAGAACGACGAGAAGAACGUCGAGAUCAUCCGCUCCGUAUGCGGUUCCAUCGACACCAUGUCCGAAGGUCUCGGUAGCGAGAUCAUGCAGAAGUACGCCCAGGGUCUCAUCAGCCGUGUUGGUCGUUUCUUGAGCCACUCUGAUGUCAAGGUCAAGUCUGCGGCUGCUGGUGCCAUUGGUGCCAUCGCCUUGUCCAUUGAGGAUGCAUUCAAACCCUACCUCAAGGAGACCAUGGAGGCACUUUCGCCUUUCAUUCUCGCCAACGAAGGUGAAGACGAAUUGCAACUGCGCAGCUCCGUCGUUGAUGCCAUGGGCCGUAUCGCCGUUGGUGUGGGUGCUGAGGACUUCCAGCCUUAUGUCAUGCCUCUGCUGCACACCAGCGAAGACGCACUGAACCUUGGCAACGCUAGAUUAAGAGAGACCACUUUCAUUCUCUGGAGCCAACUGUCCAAGGUCUACGAAGGAAACUUGGGUGACUCCCUUCAGGGCAUCUUCAAGGGUCUCUUCGACAGCAUUGAGUUGGAAGAAGAGGACCUGGAGCUUGACGAGGAACUCGCUGGUCUGGUCGACGGCGAGCUUGUGACUGAUGGCAAGAAGAUCCGUGUCAAGUCCGCCACCGACGGAGGCGACGACGAAGAAGACGAGAUGGACGACGAUGACGAAGAUGAUGAGGACUGGGACGACAUUAUGGGCAUCUCUCAAGCCGCCAUGGAGAAGGAGGUUGCUGUCGAGGUUCUGGGUGACAUCAUCAGCCAUUCCAAGGAGAAGAGCGUCCCAUACCUCGAGAAGGCUCUCGAGUUGAUCACACCUUUGGUUGAGCACUCAUACGAGGGUUGCCGGAAGGCUGCCAUCUCGACUUUGUGGCGCACCUAUGCCUGCGUCUGGCAGAUCAUGGAGGAGCAGACCGGCCAGAAGUGGCAGGCUGGUCUUCCUCUCAACUUUGAGACACCUGCCAACCUGGCAAAGCUUGGCGAGGUCGUUGUCAGUGCCACUUUGCCAUUGUGGCUUGAGGAGUCCGACCGUGACGUCGUUACCGAGAUUAACCGCAAUGUUGCCGCUACUCUGAAGCUUUGCGGACCAGCCAUUCUUGCCCAGAAGAACCUGACUGAACAGAGCAUCACUAUUCUGGGCACACUUAUUACUCGGUCCCAUCCUUGCCAACAAGAUCUGGGCGACGAGGAAGAGGAGAACGAGGGUACUGAGGGUACCUCUGAGUGGGACUGGUUGGUCGUUGACACCGCCCUGGACGUUGUGAUCGGCCUUGCCGCAGCUUUCGGCAGCCAAUUCGCCGAAGUCUGGAAGAUCUUCGAGAAGCCUAUCGUCAAGCUCAUCAGCUCUCAGGAGGCGAUUGAGCGAUCAACUUCCGUUGGCGUCAUUGCCGAGUGCACGGCGUACAUGGGAUCUGCCGUCACGCCCUACACAAAGGGAUUGCUUCCCCCGCUGCUACACCGUCUCUCGGACGAGGACAAGGAGGCCAAGUCCAACGCAGCCUAUGCACUCGGUCAGCUCUGCUACCACUCCAACGAUAGUGCCACAUACCUGCCCGCCUAUGGCCAGAUUAUGAGCAAGUUGGAGCCGUUGUUGCACAUUAGUGAGAGCAGACUCCAAGAUAACGCCACAGGUUGCAUGAGCCGUCUGAUCCUUGCCCACCCCGACAAGGUACCUUUGGAGCAGGUGCUCCCAGCUCUCGUCGACUUGCUCCCCCUCAAGGAGGAUUACGAAGAGAACAAGCCCGUUUACGAGUGCAUCGCCAAGCUCUAUGAGCUUCAGAACCCUACCAUCCAGGGACUGACACAAAAGCUCAUCCCUGUCUUCCAAAAGGUCCUCAGCCCCCCUGAGGAGCAGCUGGAGCCUGAGACCAGAGAGGUUCUGCAGAACUUGGUGCGCAAGCUGGGUAUUGCGUAAUAGACACGAAGAAUAGAGGAAUGAUACCCACGAAUAAAACCCGAGGCCGUAUACCCUGAGGCUGAUGACGGUAUGAUGGCAUGACUAGAGGCAUGAACAUUGGGGGAACGAUUGAUUACAGAUGCACAUACAUUUGCGGUUUCCCUGGUAGAUAGACACUUCGAUACUGUUGUUUUUGCCACGAAGAAUUAUGACAAUUUUCGAACCC